UGGACCGCUGGCGGUAUUUUGAAACUGGAUUGUUGACAAGGCAGCUGAAACAGUUGAUUAGCUAGCUAUAGCUAUACUAUCUAUUUGGGAUUUUUCUAAAACCACCUGCCAUUUCAGACAUGGCGCAAGCACAGCCAUAUGACAAUGAAGCUCAAGUGCCAGAUUUAACGGAGUUUUCCGAGGCUGUUCAGACAGAGGAGCUGUUGAACGAGUGUGAAGAGAAGUUUGCACAGCUUCAGAUGCUUCAAAAUAAGAUCAUUCUUUCAGAGACAGAUUCGUGUGACAGUCCACAAGAGCAGUCAGUAAACAGGUUGACAACUAUAGCGGCAGAGAUGAUACAAUGGCAAAAAGUAGAGCCCAAACUGUUGUCUAAGAACCCAGAGGUUUUACAUGCUCUUGGAAAACAGGAGCUGCAGAAACUGAAUGCUCAGUUAGAGAUGGUCCUAUCCUGUGCUCAAGAGAAGAGGAACAAACUGAGAGAUACUCUGAAAAGUGAACAGAAGUGGCUGGAGGAGAAGAAGGAAGUGCUGGCUGCUGCCACGGAUCAUGUGACCAGACUCAAACUGGAGAACGAGCAGCAGUCGGAACAAAUUGUUUUGCAAGAGACCAAGAAGAAGAUUCAGAAGAUGAAAGAUUACCAGGACAAACUGUUGGAAACUCUUGGAGAUGUACUGGAGGAACACUUCCCUCUCCCUCAGAACGAGACUGCCGCCAACAAGAAGAAGAAGAACAUUCCUCAAGAGCUGAACGAUAAUCUAAUUUCUCUGAAUGAAAUUCUUGAGCUACUGAUGAACAAGACCCUGGAGACCCCUCAUGACCCCUACGUAACUGUCAAAGACACCUUCUGGCCGCCAUACAUGGAGAUACUGCUACGUUACGACAUCGCCACCAGGCACCCCGAGGACUGCUUCAAGAUCCGCCUGGAGACCUUUUAUUAGCGAGAUGUUGUGAUUUUACUAAACUCUUGUUUCUUGUCGUAGCACUAUUUUUACAUCACGAGUGUUGGUCUGUAAAACGUAUGCGUUAAUGAAGUAGUGUGAAUUGACUUAAGUUCCCAUUGGUUUAUGUUUUUGUAUUUUGUAUGCAUGAAUCAUAGCUCAGGAUCAGGUAUCAAAUUUUUCUGUAACAUAACAAAGUAUACCAUUCUAAUGAUUGUAUAUAUAUAUAUUCCCCUUUUUAACCUAAUAAAAGUAUAUCAUAGUUCAUAAAUGCA